GCGCACAGGAAGGAGGACGGAGUGAAUCCAAUGGAAGCCUUGAAGUUCUACGGGGCAGUAUGCUCCCAGCCAUUGUUCAAGCACCUCAUUCGCUUGGCUUCUUCCUCUUCUACAAUCUCCGCCCUUGCUCCCAAAUCCUCUCGUUCCGCCCUUUUCCUUAGUCGCUGUUCUUCCGCUGCAACCUCCACUGCCGGUGACGGAAAGGUCAAGCUUUCCGGCCGCAGCCGCCGUUCUUCCUCCUCGACUACAUCAUCUUCUUCUUCUACGUCCGACAGGGAGGCGGUUCGUGCAAUUCGCUUAAAGAAGGUUGAGGAAUUGAGGAGCAAGGGGUUAGAACCUUAUGCAUAUACGUGGGACAAGACUCAUACUGCUAGUCAGCUGCAAGAGUUGUAUAAGCAUCUAGGCAAUGGCGAAGAGUCUAAUAGCGAUACGAGUUCUGUGUCAAUAGCUGGAAGGAUUGUGGCUCGCCGUGCGUUUGGAAAGCUUGCAUUUCUGACAUUAAGAGACGAUUCUGGUACAAUUCAGCUUUACUGUGAGAAGGAAAGGCUCAUAAAUGAUCAGUUUGAUCAGCUAAAGAAUCUUGUUGAUAUUGGCGAUAUUCUUGGUGCACGAGGUUCAAUUAAGCGAACCGAGAAAGGGGAACUUUCUGUUUGUGUGAAUUCUUUUGAAAUCCUGACGAAGUCAUUACUUCCACUUCCUGACAAAUAUCAUGGUUUAACUGAUGUUGAUAAACGCUACCGCCAACGGUAUGUAGAUAUGAUUGCGAAUCCUGAAGUAGCGGAUACAUUCAGGAAAAGAGCAAAGAUAAUAUCAGAGAUUCGCAAGACUGUGGAAUCAUUAGGAUUUGUUGAGGUUGAGACUCCAGUCCUUCAGGGAGCAGCUGGGGGAGCUGAAGCAAGGCCUUUUGUCACAUACCACAAUUCCAUUGGGAGAGAUCUGUAUUUAAGAAUAGCUACUGAGCUCCACUUGAAAAGAAUGCUAGUUGGUGGCUUCGAGAGAGUAUAUGAAAUUGGACGCAUAUUCAGAAAUGAAGGACUUUCAACUCGUCAUAAUCCUGAGUUUACAUCUAUAGAGAUAUAUGAAGCAUAUUCAGAUUAUCAGAGUAUGAUGAACAUGGCAGAAGAAAUUGUUACCCGUUGUGCUCUUGCUAUUCAUGGGAAACUUUCAAUUGAUUACCAGGGAGUUGAAAUAUGCCUUGAAAGGCCUUGGAGGAGAGAAACAAUGCACAACCUCGUUAAAGAAGCCACUGGGAUUGAUUUAAAUGAGUUUGGAAAUGACCUUAAAGUUGCCAAAGAAGUUACUUUGAGGACCAUUGGGGAUACCCUUGAGUAUAAGGACAAAACUUCUAUUGAAGCAAGUCAAUCAAUUGGGCACCUUCUAUCUGAGAUUUUUGAGCUUAUUGUAGAACCGAAGCUCCUUCAACCCACUUUUGUGUUGGAUUACCCAAUCGAGAUAUCUCCUCUGGCAAAACCUCACAGAAGGCAUGCUGGGUUGACAGAAAGGUUCGAACUUUUCAUUUGUGGUCGUGAGCUGGCCAAUGCAUUUUCUGAAUUGACCGAUCCUAUCGAUCAGAGAGGUCGAUUUGAAGAGCAGAUCAGGCAACAUAAUGAGAAGCGUGGUGUAGCUGUUUCUGGAACAGACUCUAUUGAUGGAAGUCAGAAAAAAGACGAAGAUGACUCUUAUGAAGUGACACUUGAUGAUGACUUUCUUACAGCUCUGGAAUAUGGAAUGCCACCUGCUUCUGGCCUGGGAAUUGGAAUUGAUAGAUUAGUGAUGCUUCUGACAAAUUCUGCAAGCAUUCGAGAUGUAAUUGCUUUUCCAGUGCUUAAAAUCCAGCGGUAAUGCUUGUAUAUCUAAAUUCCAAGGCUUGUUGGAUCGUGGGAGCAGUUUGAAGGUAUGAGCUCAAGUUUAUGCAUGCUACUUGAGGUUUGCUAUCCAUUUCUUUUAGCUAUUUAUUGCUGUAAGGGCAAUGGGAUUUUAAGUUUACUGUUAUGACGAGGGCAUUAAUCAGUUUUGUGUAUUGGGUUGAGAUUAGAGAUUAAUAAAAUUAAUGUAUGAAUCGACUUCAGUCAUUUAAAAGCUCUGGAUGGUUGAGGAUGAAUUGGACUUCAACCAUGAGUACCUUUUAUCUAAUUGAUAAAUGCUUGUAUUUA